GAGGUGUGGUUGGAGUGUGCCUGCAGUGCCACUCUAAAGUCUAGGGCUUCUUUCUUCAUUCACCUCUCUGAAGUCUCGCUGUCGAAAAUGAUGAGCAAAAAGAGGCGAAGGCUCGAUCCUCCAUCGAUCCACCCUCGAAACAAAUACUCAGAAAACCCCCCGGAUUUCUCUCUCCUCGCCUCUCUCUACCCCUCGUUCGCGCCCUUCGUCUCCGUCUCCUCCCGCACCGGCCGAGCCUCCAUCGACUGGACCGACUUCAACGCCACCCGCGAGCUCACCCGCGCCCUCCUCCACCGCGACCACGGCGUCAGUUGGUGGAUUCCAGACGGGCAGCUCUGCCCUACGGUGCCAAACAGAUCGAACUACAUCCACUGGAUUGAAGACCUUCUGUCCUCGGAGCUCAUCCCGCCGAGCGACGGCUCUGACGGCAGAGUGAGAGGGUUUGAUAUUGGGACUGGGGCCAAUUGCAUCUACCCGCUCUUGGGCGCGUCCCUGUUAGGAUGGAGCUUCGUUGGCUCAGAUGUGACAGAUGUAGCUCUCGAAUGGGCUAGGAAAAACGUGGAAAGCAAUCCUCACCUCUCUGAGCUGAUUGAGAUUAGGAAUGCUAGUAGUUCAUCAUCAUGCCCUAAUGGUGUCGUCCCGAGUUUUAGAGAACCCUCUGCAGUUGAUGAUGCAGAGCAGACUGUUACCCAAGAGGUAGAAUCUCCUAGUCAAAAUGGGGAGGGUGGUUGCUAUAAAGGACCAUCGAUACUUGCAGGUGUAGUCAGAGAUGGGGAACAUUUCGACUUUUGCAUGUGCAAUCCUCCGUUCUUUGAGAGUGUGGGGGAAGCAGGGUUAAACCCAAGAACCUCCUGCGGAGGGACUCCUGAGGAGAUGGUGUGCCAUGGAGGGGAACGGGCUUUUGUUACACGCAUUAUAGAAGAUAGUGUUGUGCUGAAACAUUCUUUCCGGUGGUUUACAUCAAUGAUUGGGAGAAAAUCCAACUUGAAAUCUCUAAUUUCAAAGCUUCGGGAGGUUGGUGUCUCAGUAGUGAAGACCACUGAAUUUGUCCAAGGGAAAACAUGUCGAUGGGGCCUUGCAUGGUCUUUCCUUUCCCCACGCAAAAAAUUAAUUGAGUCUAACUCGCUCAGGAGGAAUAAUCAUUCUUUCAUGCUCGAGGGUCGUCCACGUCACGUUGGUGCCUUUCAAGUAUUAACGUCAGUGGAGUCAUUUUUCCAGGCUAAUUGUGCAUCAUGCAAAUCUGACUUCUCAACGUUUUCUGCUGAUAAUCAUGAAGAUCUUUGUAGGUUACUUUAUCCAGUGAGCAAACUGUUGACAUGUCUGAAGGCAGCCAUGAUGCUGAUGGUGAAAACUCUCCUGUUCCAACAGCAAAUGGCUCUGGCGGACUAUCUUUUCGCAUCUCCGUAUUUGAGCAAACUCCAGGUACACUUCUAGUAAGAGGAGCACUAUUGAAUCAGGAAACUCCACUUUCAGGUUUGUUUUCAUCAUUAAUGUUACAGUUGGAGGAAGCAUUGAGGAAGGAAUUUCUCAGCAAACCACGGUGAAACUCAUUAGUUCAGCAUCAUCGUAGACAUCGAGCCACUGCAUUACAGAGGAAGAAGCUGCAAUUACAAGCUACAAUGAAAUUCUGCUGUUCUGAUCUUUCACGCUACUUUUUCUCCCGAGAUAGCGCGUUCCGAGUCCAAAACGGAUCCAGAGCAAUGCCUUGAUGAAUGUUCCUCAGUAAUUGAAAUAGUAUAUGGAUUUUGUGACAUGGGACUAUUUGUUCUUUCCCCUAUCGCUCGGCUUUUAGCUGAGUUCACUGAGCAUAGUGAUAGCCUUGAGGAUAAUUUUGCUAAUCAAUUUCUUUGCACAUCA